GACUCGACGCGACCCGAGGCCCGAGGCCGCGGAAUGCGGUCUCACACGAGCUCAGUUUUCAAAUAUCGCAGACGAAAGCGGACGGUUUUAUUUUUGCAAACAGUGAAAAGUUUCAAAAAAAAUUUCAAACAUGGCUAACGUCAUGGAUGUGUCUACCCCAGACAACCUCCAGUACCAGUUUUUCCCAGUGUCGAGCGGAGUUGUUCAGUUCAAAGUGCGAACACCCAAUGACGCCCACGUCGCUCUCACCAUGGGGCCCCAGGACUCCGAGCCGAUAUACGAGAUUAUGAUCGGCGGCUGGGGUAACACAAAGAGUGUGAUCAGGAAGAAUAAAGCAAAGCCAGACAAGGUAGAAAUAGAAACACCUGGUAUUGUAAACGGCGGCGAGUUUCGCGGUUUUUGGGUGCGUUGGGACGGUGGUGUGGUGUCGGCCGGUCGCGAGGGUGAAAGCAUUCCCUUUAUCUCCUGGUCCGACCCCGAGCCCUUCCCCGUAGGCUUCGUCGGCGUCUGCACUGGUUGGGGCGCUACUGGCACGUGGAAAAUAGAAGAGGCGGAAGAAUUCAACACUCCGGACAAGUUAGAAUAUAAGUUCGGACCCGUAGCGGCCGGCUCUCUGGAAUUUGAGUAUCGCGGCCCCCAUAACUGCCACGUAUGUCUGUCGCCGGGCCCCGGCGAGAUGGAUCCUAUGUACGAGUUUAUCCUCGGUGGCUGGGAGAACACCCAGUCCGUUAUCAGACAUUGCAGGCAGAAGCCUGAUAAGGUAACAGUUCCGACACCCAGUCUCAUGAACCCUAACGAGUUUAAGAAAUUCCUGAUCGAAUGGAGGUGCGGAAGGUUGAUAGUUCGCGACGGGUCUACCGGUGCGGUGAUGAUGGAGUGGGUGGAUCCUACACCGUUCCCGGUGACGCACUUCGGGGUGCGGUCGGGCUACGGCGCGCACGGCAACUGGCGCAUCAGGCAUUUCUACAGCGGCGGAGCUCAGCCUCUGGCGCCUUCAGCGCCUACCGCAGCGGCGUUAUACAGUCCGCCGGCGGGUUACCCGGGCGCGGCGCCGGCAGUGGCACCGUCUGGUGCGGGCGUGUGGAUGGACGCGGUGAGCGGGCAGCUGGUGCCGGGCGCCGUAGUCGGGGGACAGGACUGCUCCGGAGAGCCGCUGUAUGUGGUGCGCGCACAGCACGAAGGCGCCAUGCUGCCCGGCAAACUGGUCGCCUCUCACGGCUGCGCAUACGUCCCAUGGGGCGGUCAGGAACACGGCAAAGGGGAAUAUCAGGUCCUUGUGGGUGGUCCUAACAACUGGGUUCCUGUGAGUGGAUCAAACAUUCCUCCGGGGGCGUUCCCCGGUGGCGAGUCCGAAGACGGGGAGCCCCUUUUCAUCGGCCGUGUACGUCACGAAGGCAGCGUCACCACCGGCAAAGUACAACCUUCGCACGGAGUCUGCUACAUCCCCUUCGGUGGACAAGAGCUAGGGUUCCCUGACUAUGAAAUCCUCAUGGCUUAAAUGAAUAGUGAAACCAAAAGAAAAUGGUGAUAUUUACAGAAAUCAUCAGAAACCUUUAUGCGCAGAAACUUCUCGGUCGAAUGUAGAUGAUUCACAUUGUGCCUAUAAUUAUAUUAUUUUGCUGCACUGCAUAAUAACUAUUUUUGACCUAGCGAUUAUAUGUUAUAUUUUUUAAUAAAUUAUUUAUAAAUUAAAACAUUUAAAAUGUA